CCCCGGCGCACACCGCACGCGCGUGUCCGGCACGUUGCCCAUGCCUCUACCUCCUACCUCUGACUCUGCCUCAGCAGCAUGCAGUCCUCACUGUUCGCCGUGGGUCACAGUUUCGGGCUCCCGACGCCCGUGUCCUCCGCGUGGAAACCUUCCGCGGACGCGCCGCUCGCGCUGCUGCUUUCCAACUGGUCCGCGCCCGACAGAGUCAACGGUACCGUGGACGCGCUGGAGCACAGAAGGCGCGCGCAGUCCUACGGCCAGUUCUCGCAGAGCUCCGCGGUGCUCGUCACCGCGCUCAUGACGCUCCUAGUGUUCGCUACCGUGCUCGGGAACGCGCUCGUCAUCCUGGCGUUCGUGGUGGAGAAAAGUUUGCGCACACAAGGCAACUUUUUCUUCCUCAAUCUGGCCAUUGCGGACUUUCUGGUCGGUGGGUUCUGUAUCCCGGUGUAUAUUCCCUACGUUCUGACAGGGGAGUGGAGGCUGGGCAGAGGUCUGUGUAAGCUGUGGUUAGUGGUGGACUACAUGCUGUGUACAGCAUCAGUCUUCAACAUUGUGCUUAUCAGCUUCGACAGGUUCCUCUCUGUCACCAGAGCUGUGAGCUACCGCUGCCAGAAGGGUGUGACCCGUGAGGCCGUGCUGAAGAUGUUGUGCGUCUGGUUGGCUGCUUUUCUCCUUUAUGGACCAGCAAUCAUCAGCUGGGAGCACAUUGCUGGGAAGAGUGUGGUUCCUCACGGUGAAUGCUACGCAGAGUUCUACUUCAAUUGGUACUUCCUGAUGACCGCCUCCACUGUUGAAUUCUUCACACCUUUUAUAAGUGUAACCUAUUUUAACCUCAGCAUCUACAUUAAUAUCCGGAACCGCUGUGUGCUCAGAGAAGAGCGUUCCACCUGCGUGCACCUCAGGAACGGGAGAACCAGAGAAGCCAAGCCGUUCUGCACUGCCGACGUUCAGCGUGUAUUUUUUGUGAGGCCAGCUGAAGAGAGCAGUGUUGUUGAAAACUCAAACUCUAGGUCACGGUGUUGUCGGUUGUCCAACGCUACAGUGUCAGGAACUGAUUCUGAAAAUACCGGACGGACAACAAAGAGGAGAAUGAGUGCAAUUCCAGAUCUUCCACCUCUUCAGGUUGGAGAUGUGGUGAACGAGACGGGAUUUAAUUGUGCUGAAAAUGCAUGCCUGUCGCACAGAAGCCGAGCUGACAUUUCCUCAAGUCUCGCUAGCCGAUUUCGCCUCUCCAGGGACAAAAAGGUGGCCAAAUCACUGGCUGUGAUUGUGUGUGUGUUUGGCCUUUGCUGGGCUCCGUACACACUCCUGAUGAUCAUCCGUGCUGCCUGUCACGGCCAGUGUGUUCAGCACUACCUGUACGAGAUCUCCUUUUGGCUUCUGUGGAUUAAUUCCUCCAUCAAUCCUGUGCUUUAUCCGCUCUGCCACACCAGCUUUAGGAGGGCUUUCAGUAAACUGUUGUGUCCGAGUAAAAUAAAGAUCCAGCCACAGUACAUGGACCAAAAAUACUAACACAUGCAGGACUGAGAUCUUUGAGGUGUUCAUUUGUGCUGAUGAUGUUCGUGUCAGGGUGUUUAAGUAAUCUCUAUCAGUAUUGGAUUAGUGUAUUAAAAAAAGAAACUGUAGUACUGAUUGAAGUACUGUAAACCCAG